AGUUGUCCAUUGGAUUGGAAUUGGUCUCGGUUUUUCAGUCCCUUGUAUUUUGUAGUGUGUUAACGCGAUGAGGUGGUGCAGCGAGGCUAUGACACUGUCACUCCUUCCUUCUCCUGUAGGUUUAUUCGGCAAUAAUAAAAGCGGGGAGUUUCAAUUUCAAAAGGCUUUCUUUAAAUUGAAAUUCAACAACUCCUCUCUUGUUAUUCAUCGGAACCCGCCGUUGGCUGCUCAAGUAGAAGCCUCAAGUUCAAGGGAUUUUGUUGUCGUUAAUUUCUACCAUUUUGUAUUCAUCAAAAACCCACAACAACUAGUCGCCAAACACCUCUCUUUCUUGGAAUCCGAGGGUCUAGACAUCCAUGGAAGAAUUUAUUUGAAUGAACAAGGGAUUAAUGCGCAGUAUAGUGGGCCAUCCAAAGACGCUAUCACGUAUGUCAACUGGAUAAAAGAGGAUACCAGGUUUUCCGACAUCCUCCUUCAGAUAACUCCAUCACAAACUGGACAUACCUUUCCAUCAUUGAAGUUACGCUAUAAGCCUUCAUUAGUACAGUUUCAAGGUGGCAUAUCAGAUCUUCCAUUGCUCAAUCCUUCAAUGCGGGCGUUACCUUUAUCACCUUCAGAAUGGAGACAUAGAUUAGAAGCCAUCAAUAAAAAUGAUCCGCAUUCAAAAGAUUAUCCCAACAGAAAUAACAUUAUAUUGGAUGUCAGAAAUGGUUAUGAGUGGGACAUUGGACAUUUUCGUGGGGCUCAACGGCCUAACGUGGACUGUUUUAGGAGCACUUCAUUUGGGUUGUCUCAAGAAGAGAUCACUGCUUCAGACCCUUUGUCAAAUGUAGAUAAAGAAAAUGCAAACAUAUUGAUGUAUUGCACAGGAGGGAUUCGCUGUGAUGUGUAUUCUACAAUACUGAGGCAGCAUGGAUUUCAAAAUUUGUACACUCUAAAGGGAGGUGUUUCUCACUAUAUAAAGAAUGAAGGUGCUGCAGAGUGGGUAGGAAAUUUAUUUGUAUUUGACUCCCGAUUGUCUCUCCCUCCUCCUGUGGCCAUUCCUGAAGGUAGGAUGACUCCAGUUUCUAGUGAUGAUAAGUUCGCCAAAUGCUACACAUGUAAUGUAGAAGUUAGUGAACUGAGACAUCGGAAUUGUGCAAAUCUUGACUGUAACUUGCUUUUCCUAUGCUGCAGAAAAUGUGUAAAGGAUCUAAAAGGAUGUUGUUGUUUGACUUGUACUACUGCCCCUAGGCUUAGACCUGCUUUAAUUGGAGAGCAGAGAUACAGGAAAUGGCACAUCUAUCGUGACAUGGAUUUGCAAGGCAAGGAGAAUUGAAGUACUCUUGAGUUGAUGAAGUAUCCUGGGCAGGGUAAUUUGCAACGCAAGUUUUAGCAUAAACCCAUGGUUAGAUAGAUGGGUUGAUGAAGUAUUUUAAUCUGAUUAUUUUUGGGAAUUUAACAUUGACUACUGAUUGUUAUUGAUGCUGGAACAUGUCUCUGUGUUACUCAUGAGAAAGUUGUUUUGCGAGUGAGGAAAUUGUAAUUUUGGAAGGAUAGAUUUGUAAGUUUACCAAACAAGUUUUUAUUUUCAUCUUGGUUGAACCAUUCCUCAAAUUAGGGUUUGGUUUAUUUUGGGUUUA